UGGCGUCGAGCCGGCGGCAUAUCGUCCGAGUGUGGAGAACGUGUGCCGUGUCGUCGUCGUCGUCGUCGUCCGGCCUGUGCGUCGCGCGUUCGCGGAAAAAGAUAGAUAGAAAGUAAGAAAAAACAUAUUAUCCACCUGGCCGCACCGCUGCCCGGAAGUCGAUCCCCGAGUCGGAUCGAGAGAGGCACCCCCGCCGGCGCGCGCCACUGAAGGGAAACGUGUGUACGCGGGGCGAGACCCCAACGCGCGGUGGAAUGCGCGUAUAUAUAGGAAAAGGGAGCACUGGCCGUGCGGUUGCUCGAGCGAGACAGAGAGCGGUGCAGUGACAUCGGGGUUGUCCGCGAAGGGAGGCGAGGUCGAGGAGGGCGAGAAGCUCGGAAGCUGGCGAGGAAAGGAGAUUCGAAGAGAGAAACGAGAUCUUCUUCGCGUCGCGUUCUCGUUGUCGUUAAGGGCCAGAAGCGCGAGGGCUUAAGAAAGAGAAGGAAACCGGGAAUUGAUCCGAUUCGAUGAUAUAAACGUCGUCUGGCAGCCGUCGUCGUCGUCGUCGUCAUCGUUCGACAAUCCUAUGCUUCUCUCCUCUCGAUCAUCCUCCUAUCGUUUGAGAGCGCGUCGAGCGAGGAGUUUCGUCGCCGAGAAUUCUGCACCGAGGAAGUCGGAUACGUCGAAGGGAAAGGUAGUGUGUUUCUCGUGGACGCCGUAUAUGUGAGGAAGCGCGUACACGCACGCACGCACGCACGCGUCGCAUCCGUCUCUCCGCGAAAGUCUCGCGCUCGCGCCCUCGUCGACGCGCGCGUGUGUAUGUGCGUAUAUAUAAAUAUAAUAGAACGCACCUAGAUAUCUAUUUAUAAGUUUACACGAGGCGAGAGAGGCCGCGCUGCGAGAGGAAGGAGAGGACGCGAAUAGGAGAGACGGAGAUAGGAUAGGAGCGAGAAGAGGAACGGAAGGAGAGAUCCGAGAAAGAGAGAGAGAGAGAGAGAGAGCGGGAGCUACGUAAAAGAAGAGCGAAAAGGAGCGGAGGUGGUGGUGGUGGUGGCAGCGGAACGUGUGCGCCCGCGCGCGCGCGCGCUCGGUUUUCCCCACGUCUUCCGUCAUAAUUGUGUGCCGGUCGUGGUUGGUGGUGGUGAUCUCGUAGUAUUGUGGGUGCCUUCUCGUGCCGUGCUGUGUGUCCGGGAAGAAGCGGGCGGCCGCGAUAUAGCGUCCCACGAGGGAGAAGGUGUCGCGAGGGGGUGACAUACGCGUACGUGCGCAUCGCGUCGUGUGUGUCGCGGGGAAGGGGGCGGCGGGAAGGCGCUCUUCGCAGAAGAAGAGGGUGCGUUGCGCCCUGCGUAAACCUCGGGAGUGGAGCCGGGCCGAGGCCGACGCGACCGGGAGGCGGAGGAGGCGGAGGACGAGGGGGAGGAGGAGGAGGAAGGAAGGAAAGGGCGACUCGGCAGCGGUAGUGAGCGGAUCUCGAGCGAAGCCGCGCGCGAGUGCGUGAACGCGCGGAUAUGACGAGCGGAUACGCCCGGCGGCUCACGUGAUACGCAACGCAAUCCGCUGUUGUGCUCCGCCGUCGAGGAAGAGAUAUGUGGUCACGGAGGGAGCUUCGUAGCAGCCCAGUGCCGUAGCAUGCCGGCGAGCUGCAGCGCGUGGUGGGGCGCCUCUGAGACACCGCGUCGAUCGGCGUCGAUCGCCUCCAUCUGCUUGGCCGGGCAGCAAUCGCUGGUUCGUCGCCGCAGGAGAAGAAGAAGAAGACGUGAUCGUCGUCGUAGCACAGGAAGCACGGAGCUCGACACCAGCGACCGAUGAGCGCGGGGGGGGAUGGGGGCUCGGCGUUGGGCCCACCUGCCCGGCUGCCGGGGGCCCAGCCGACUGCCGCGACCCCCUCCACCGCGACCCCCCCCAUUGUCGGCCAGCAGUCAAUCGUCGGUGGUGUCGGUGGCGUCCCGGAUGCUGUACAGUUGCCGAAUGCGCAUCAAUCGCCACCGCCGCCCCCGCAGUCGCAGACGGGCCCCGCCGGAGCCGCCGGCGCUGCCUCCAAGUCGGCAGCCCAGAAGAGGCCCGUCAGACGGGGUGGCAAGCCGCCGCCCGACAGGCCCGUCCGGGCGCUCUUCUGCCUGGCCCUCACGAACCCUCUUAGGAAGAUGUGCAUCAGCGUCGUGGAGUGGAAACCCUUCGAAUGGCUCAUCCUUAUGACGAUAUUUGCGAACUGCGUCGCUUUGGCCGUUUACACGCCGUAUCCCUUUGGCGAUUCUAAUCUGACCAAUCAGUACUUGGAGAAGAUAGAAUACGUUUUUCUUGUGAUUUUUACGGUGGAAUGCGUGAUGAAGAUCAUAGCUUACGGCUUCGUUGCCCAUCCGGGAGCUUAUCUCCGCAACGGUUGGAACUUGCUGGAUUUUACGAUAGUCGUGAUUGGAAUGAUAAGUACGGUGCUGAUGAUGCUCAUGAAGGAGGGUUUCGACGUCAAGGCCUUAAGGGCGUUUCGUGUUCUACGUCCUCUGAGGCUGGUUUCCGGUGUUCCAAGUCUUCAGGUGGUCCUAAACUCUAUUUUGAGGGCGAUGGUACCACUUUUGCACAUUGCUUUAUUAGUUCUCUUCGUCAUCAUCAUUUAUGCCAUCAUCGGCCUCGAGCUGUUCUCCGGAAAGUUGCACAAAACAUGCAGGCACAACAUAACUGACGAGAUAAUGGACAAUCCGGUACCUUGCGGCGAGAUGGGCUACCAGUGCUCUAACAUUGGACCCGAAUACUACUGCAGCAAACAGUUCUGGGAGGGUCCCAACUACGGCAUCACGAAUUUCGACAACUUCGGACUGGCCAUGCUCACGGUCUUCCAAUGCGUCACCCUCGAAGGCUGGACGGACGUACUUUAUAAUAUCGAGGAUGCGAUGGGGAGCUCGUGGCAAUGGAUAUAUUUCAUCUCGAUGGUCAUCCUCGGAGCUUUCUUUGUGAUGAAUCUAAUUCUCGGUGUGUUGUCCGGUGAAUUCUCCAAGGAGAGAGAAAAAGCGAAGGCGCGUGGCGAUUUUCACAAGCUCAGGGAGAAACAGCAAAUCGAGGAUGAUCUCAGGGGUUACCUCGACUGGAUAACGCAAGCCGAGGACAUCGAGCCGGAGAUUGACGAAUCGAAGCAAGACGGAAAAACCAAGCAACAAAACGAAAUAGAGAGCACGGAUCAAUUGGAGGGCGAUGAGGAAGGUAUCCAACAAGAGUCUGUGUGGAAAAAGAAGAAACGAGACCUAGAGAGAGUGAACAGACGGAUGCGAAGAGCCUGCCGAAAGGCAGUCAAGUCCCAGGUCUUCUAUUGGCUCAUCAUAGUUCUGGUUUUCUUGAAUACUGGCGUUCUCGCUACAGAACAUUACGAUCAGCCGCACUGGUUGGACGAGUUUCAAGAAAUCACGAACAUGUUCUUCAUUGUGCUCUUCUCCAUGGAGAUGAUGUUAAAGAUGUACAGUUUAGGUUUUCAGGGUUAUUUCGUCUCGUUGUUUAAUCGUUUCGAUUGCUUCGUCGUGAUCGGCUCGAUUACCGAAAUGAUACUUACAAACACACGUGUAAUGCCGCCUCUUGGCAUUUCCGUGCUCCGUUGCGUCCGGUUGCUCAGGGUAUUCAAAGUAACAAAAUAUUGGAGAUCACUAUCGAAUUUAGUGGCCUCUCUACUGAACUCGAUACAAUCGAUUGCCUCGCUGCUGCUCCUGCUUUUUCUUUUCAUCGUCAUCUUUGCUCUUCUGGGCAUGCAGGUCUUCGGUGGAAAGUUCAAUUUCAGCGAGUCGGAGGAAAAAACGCGUCACAAUUUCGACAGCUUUUGGCAGAGUCUGCUUACCGUGUUUCAGAUAUUAACCGGCGAGGACUGGAACGUUGUGAUGUACGUCGGUAUUCAAGCUUAUGGCGGCGUGGCCAGUAUCGGCGUACUCGCCUGCGUUUAUUUUAUUAUCCUCUUCAUAUGCGGCAACUAUAUCCUCUUGAACGUGUUCUUGGCUAUCGCCGUCGACAAUCUCGCUGAUGCCGAGUCUCUAACUGCCAUCGAAAAGGAGGCCGAGGAGGAGGCAGAGAAAAAUAAAUCUCGUAGCGGUUCACCGGCAAGGGACGAAGUCAGCGGCGAGGCAGGCGAUGAUGGGGGCGAGGGGACCGGUGGGGAGGAUGAGGGCGCCGGCACGGAUCUCGAACAAGAUCCUAACGAGACAAUGGAGGACUACGAGGCCGCACUCGAUACCGAAACAUCGGAGAAAAGCGAUGAUAUGAAUACGCACAAAGUGCGACUCAACAUUGAAUCUGAUGAAGAAAUGGAAGAAGAUGAAGAGAAGGAAGGUGAUGAUCAGGACAUGCAAGAUGACGGGCAAGAAAUAUCAGCUAGACCGCGGAGAAUGUCUGAGUAUAACAUGGCAACCAAAAAGGAACCGAUACCAGCCGGUUCGGCAUUCUUCAUUUUUUCAAGCACCAAUAGGUUUCGCAUCUUCUGCCAUUGGUUUUGCAAUCACAGUUACUUCAGCAAUGUGAUAUUGGUCUGCAUUAUGAUUUCCUCAGCCAUGUUGGCCGCCGAAGAUCCGCUGAGCGCCUCGGCGGAGAGAAAUCGAAUAUUGAAUUACUUUGACUACUUUUUCACUACUGUCUUCACGAUCGAAAUCUGCCUCAAAAUGAUCUCAUAUGGUUUCAUCAUCCAUGAGGGCGCGUUUUGCCGAUCAGCUUUUAAUCUGCUCGAUCUUCUCGUCGUUUGCGCUUCUCUCGUUUCCAUGUCUGUCAGCACUGGCGCAUUCUCUUUCAUCAAGGUGCUCCGAGUACUUCGUGUCUUGAGACCGCUACGUGCCAUCAAUCGCGCCAAAGGAUUAAAGUACGUAGUGAAGUGUGUGAUUGUCGCCAUUAAAACGAUCGGCAACAUUAUGUUGGUCACCUAUCUCCUACAGUUCAUGUUCGCUGUUAUCGGGGUACAGCUGUUUAAGGGCAAGUUUUUCUAUUGUACCGAUGCAUCGAAAAUGACAAAGGACGAGUGCCAGGGUACUUAUUUGGAAUUCGAUGACGGUAACAUUAAUAGACCGGUCGUGAAACAAAGAGAGUGGUGUCAGCAGCGUUUUCACUUUGACGAUGUCGCCAAGGCGAUGCUGACCCUCUUCACGGUCUCAACUUUCGAAGGUUGGCCAUCAUUGUUAGAAUGGUCGAUCGACUCCAACCAAGAGGAUCAUGGACCAAUUCAUAACUAUCGACCGAUAGUGGCUGCCUAUUACAUUAUCUACAUCAUCAUCAUCGCGUUCUUCAUGGUGAACAUCUUCGUCGGUUUCGUUAUUGUCACCUUUCAGAACGAGGGCGAACAAGAGUACAAAAAUUGCGAGCUCGAUAAAAAUCAGAGAAAUUGCAUCGAGUUCGCGCUAAAGGCCAAGCCAGUUCGCCGAUACAUACCGAAGCAUCGAAUACAGUACAAAGUCUGGUGGUUUGUCACCUCCCAACCGUUCGAGUACACGAUAUUCACGUUGAUUAUGAUCAACACCGUGACGCUUGCGAUGAAGUUCUAUCGGCAACCGGAAAUCUACACUCACUCUCUGGACAUUCUCAAUAUGAUCUUCACCGCCGUGUUCGCCCUUGAAUUUGUAUUCAAGCUGGCUGCGUUUCGAUUCAAGAAUUACUUCGGCGACGCGUGGAACGUUUUUGAUUUUAUUAUCGUGCUCGGAAGUUUCAUCGAUAUCGUUUACUCAGAAGUUAACCCUGGAUCCAGCAUUAUUUCCAUCAAUUUCUUCAGGCUGUUUCGCGUAAUGCGAUUGGUCAAGUUACUGAGCAGAGGGGAGGGUAUCCGAACGCUUUUAUGGACGUUCAUCAAGUCCUUCCAAGCUUUGCCCUACGUCGCCCUUCUCAUUAUAAUGCUCUUUUUUAUUUACGCUGUGAUAGGCAUGCAGGUCUUUGGAAAGAUUGCAAUAGACGACGAUACGGCGAUAAAUCGCAACAAUAACUUCCAGUCCUUUCCGCAAGCCGUGUUGGUCUUAUUUAGAUCAGCGACCGGCGAGGCGUGGCAAGAAAUCAUGAUGGCUUGCUCGGCGCAGCCAGGCAUCGUUAAAUGCGAUAGCCAUAGCGAUGAAUCAGAGAAGGAGACCUGCGGAUCGGACAUUGCAUUUCCCUACUUCAUAUCUUUCUACGUGCUCUGCUCAUUUCUCAUCAUCAAUCUUUUCGUCGCCGUUAUUAUGGACAACUUUGACUACUUAACGAGAGAUUGGUCGAUCCUUGGACCGCAUCAUUUGGACGAAUUUAUUCGCUUGUGGUCAGAAUAUGAUCCCGACGCCAAGGGACGUAUUAAACAUCUCGAUGUGGUAACGCUACUGAGGAAAAUAUCGCCACCUUUAGGUUUCGGAAAACUAUGUCCUCAUAGAGUAGCUUGUAAGAGACUCGUCUCGAUGAAUAUGCCGUUGAACAGCGACGGUACCGUGUUGUUUAACGCUACACUAUUCGCCGUCGUGAGAACUUCGUUGAGGAUCAAAACGGAAGGCAACAUCGACGACGCGAACGCCGAACUCAGGGCGGUAAUCAAGAAGAUCUGGAAGAGAACGAGUCCGAAACUUUUGGAUCAGGUUGUUCCGCCGCCCGGAGUGGACGACGAGGUGACAGUCGGCAAGUUUUACGCGACCUUCCUCAUCCAGGACUAUUUCCGGCGAUUCAAAAAACGCAAAGAACAGGAAAUGAAAGAUGGAGACAGAGAUUGUCACAACACAGUGACUCUUCAAGCCGGGUUGAGGACGUUACACGAAGCUGGUCCCGAAUUGAAACGCGCAAUUUCCGGUAACUUGGAGGAACUUCUUGAUGACAAUCCAGAACCUAUGCAUAGAAGAAACCACUCACUUUUUGGUAGCGUGUGGUCCAGUAUGCGUAAAGGACAUCACAGUUUUCACAGAGCGAGAUCGCUAAAAGUUAACUCUACCACUGCGAAAGCUUCCCCGACCAAUUCUAUAGACUUUUUACCAUACGCUUCGUUACGAAGGACCGCUAUCCCGGAUGCUGCUAAGAAAUUUACUCACCAAGUUGUGCCAAAUGUAGCAGGUGGUCUGAGCGAUGGCGCGAUGAAUCAAAUGGGAACGAAUGCGCGUCUGAUGGGCGUCGAGGAGAGCAUACCUCUGAGACCACUCGCUGCUUUCGGCAAUCCGAUACAACAGCCGCCUUAUCAGAGCGCGUAUAAAGUGGUCGAUCUUCAGGAUGGAAUCGAGCGGCAGUUGACGCCACCCACGCCUCCGCCGCGACGGAACGCACCACCGCACUCGUCCGCCGGCACCCCGAGCAUCGGCAUCGGCCACAUCCCCGCCGCUGCAGCGGCGGCGGCGGCGGCAGCGGUGGCAGCGGCGGCAUCGGCGACCGCAGCGGAGGGCACGGCGAGCGGAUCGAGCGUCGCGACGACGACGAUCACCGCGUCGUGCACCACGAGCGCGAACACCUCGACCAUCGCGACGAGCUCAAGCCCCGCUUCCUCGUCGAAUGGGACGAACUGUUACUAUACUUAUGCGUCGCGGGGAUGCUGCGUCGAUUGCGCGGUCUGGAGCAAUCACGCCGUAGACGACUGUGACGACGAGGACACGUCAACGGGGAGCGGAUCGAGCGAUUCUGGCAGAUGGAACCCGCAUUCGGAGGGCGGCGUCGUGCGAGGCACGACAGGAAAACCCCACGUCACCGUGCUGGGUAGCCGGUCGACGAAGCGCCGAUCCAGGGGCCGUCGUGACCCCGCGACUGCCGGUGGCAAGUCGGCCCCGGCGAGCUUCCGGUCGCGCGACGCAACCGCCGGCGUCGCCGCCGAGGCGACGACGACGACGACGGGGUCCGCGACCGGGACUGCCACGUCGGGCCCCGGCACGCGAACCAUCGCCAACGGCCUGAAAAUGGCGCAGAACCAGGCCAUCGCCGUGGCCGGCUUCCUCGCCGACGUGGACUCGCGACAAUGGCGUGUUUGCGCUUCCUGCUUGUCGCACCGAGCGUCUUACCACGGCAGAGUUUCCUGGACUGCAGAGAGUAACGGAAGCGUCGGCGCAGAGCGCCUGUCCCACAGCAUGCCCGGCAGUCCCGCGGACCGGAAGCCCAAUUUCGAGGUCAUCGGAAGCGCGGAGAGCCUCGUCGGUCGGGUUCUAGUGGAGCAAGGUUUGGGCAAGUAUUGCGACCCGGACUUUGUGCGAUACACGUCGCGCGAGAUGCAAGAGGCGUUGGAUAUGACGCGCGAGGAGAUGGAUCGAGCGGCGCAUCAACUGUUGCUACAGGAACGACGCGGUCAGCCCUUGUCUUAUCAGUUGCAGCAAAAUGUGGCGGAACAGCAGCCGUGGAGCAGUGGCCAACAGCAAGAGCAACAACCGCAACAACCGCAACAUCAGAUCACCGGUAUCGGUUAUCAGCCGUUACAGGAGCAGCCGCCGAGCCAGCCCGUCUAUCGUCAACUACAAUCCUCCGAUUAUCGUCAUCGCGGCAGCAAUCGGAAGCAACAGCAACAACAGCGACAACCACCGUCCUAGCAGGACGAAAAUUCGCUUGUCACGACGCAAACGUCGUCCACGUAACCCGAAAACUCCUACUCCCUUCGAAUGGGAGUAGUCGCCGAAGGAUCGAGAUCGUCGAUUACGAUGAAGUAACGUCGAAGCUAUCAGCGGAAUCUGAAUCGAUCGCGCGAGUUGGAUGGAUUCAUGCCGCGUGGGGUUCGAUCAUCGUAAUUGUUGUUGUCCCGAAGAGGACGUUUUGAACUGUUCUGAAUAUUUAUAGUUAUAUUUAGAUGCGGAUCGAGAGAUGCUACUCGAAAGACAAAAAGUUGGCUCAGUCUAAGGGGGGGGAAGAGGGGAAAGAACGAGGCAAAGAUGUAGCAGCUCGAGACGUUCAAGAUGUUCAUCCUGCGAUACGCUCGGGCACCAAUGAACCAUGUAUUUUCGUUCGAGCGAAUAUUUUCUAGCCAAGCGUGAGUGUUUUAUCCGACACAUUUUGGGUCGCCUUGAUUCCUAACUUGACUCGGUAUUUCUAUCGAGAUUCGUGCGAGUUUCGAUCGAGCGAAUCAAGUCGCGUUCGAUCGCGCGUUUUUAGGCGCGCAAGAAUAUAUAAUAAAUUCUUAGAAUAAUAUAUAUUUUCGCCGCGAUGCGACAGAUCAAGACGAUCGAGACGAAUCGUUGCAGCACAGAGCUUCGUUUUUUCAACGUUGAAUGAUCGCUAAAGUUGACGAAGCAUCUAGGGAGGACCCGGGCUCCCGAAUGGAAUUGAGUUUACUUCUAGGAACAGUCCUUUAGAGAUUUACCAUUGUUCCUGUUUAACAUUAAUCUCCGUUUUCGGUUCGAUGUCCUGACCAAGAACGACACGACGAAUGCCGCGUGCACUCAAUAUGGAGAAUAGACGAAUUAAAAUAAAAGACAAAAAUUUCUGUAACAAUUUUUUACUUUCGAUUUUAAUAAUUAUUCUGAAAGUUGAUAUUUAUUUUAAUUGUAAAGGACAACAAAUUACGAAAUCAACAGUUAAUCGUAAAAUUUAAAACAAAAUUCUUCUUCACAAAAUAUAUAAAAUACUUUCGUUAUAUUACAUUUAAUUAAUUAGCAUUAAUAUUUUAAAAAGAGACACAUAAAAGAGUCUCGAGUUAAACAUUUUUCCAAUUUGUCUUGUGUCGUAGAUUAGAAAUACAAUCUCACCGAAAUGAAUCUGAUCAUUUUAAUUCGUCUAUUUCGUUCUAGCAAUCUGAACCCUCUUUUUUAAGGCUCGUUAAGCUUAACCCUUUAUGACACUUUGUCAAACGUUUACUAUUACUUCAUAAGAAUAAACGUAAAACUUGAUAUAUAACUUUCUAUCACUCAUUAUAAUUUCCCAUUGGAUAAAUUAUUUUCUACAUAGCGAGCAAAUUGUGAUUCGCUAAAAUAAACCAAUUAACGUCAUAGAGGGUUAAAGGAGGGUGAAAAAGUACGAACCAUGUUACGAUGCGCGAGAGGCACAUCGGCGGAUCUAAUCACUCUUAUUGCUCUCAUUAUUAAUUAGUCUCUUAACCUUGUUCUGAUGAUUGCCAGUUACUAGCACGAUAAUUACAACUCAUGAUUCGUACGUAUAUAUGGAUUCUAGACGAGAUAACAAGUGCCUAAGUAUCUAUAACUUCUUUCGGACCAGAGAAAGACUUUUAUCAACUUAGACAAAGUAAACGACUAUUAUUGCGAAUUAUUAUUGCGCGAGGAGAGAGAGCUGCGAGUCGAGUGUGUUGUACACUAUUGACGCGAUAUGUUGUGACGAUAUAGAUAUUAUUCGUAUUUGUAAUUGUGUACAUAACACCGUUUGCGCGCGUAUAUUUCCGCUGAGGUGCGUGAGGAUAAAUGGCCCAUACGAGUAAACUGCGAGAGAUUCGAGAUUUUAUAUAUAUAUAAAUAUGUAUGUAUGUAUGUAUAUUAAUAAUCUCGAUCUAUACAAACGAGGGUAAGGGUAUGAGAGUGUGAAUGGGUAGACAAGACGUUGUGGAUCUUCUUAUGGAGGAACAACGCGGUGAGACUCUCGAUACAUAAUUUUUAUUACGUCAAAAUAUUAGGAUGCGUGGCGAAACGGUAGGAAACGCAAAAAUCUAGAUCGCGAAUUACCGAUUGUAAAGUCUCUCUUUCUCUCUCUUUCUUUUUCAACUUAAGAUUACAUCUAUUCAAGCGUAUGCUCAACAGAGAGCCUUAUAAAGAAAGAGAGGAAGAGAAAAAUAGAGAAAGAGGUAGCUAUUUUAUAGAUAUUCCUGACAGUUUAACAAUCUCCCGUGGGGAAUACGCGUCUUUCACGAAAGAUUUACAUUUUUUUUAAUUAUCGCAAAAAUUAAGCAAAAUUUUUCCAUGCGCAUUCAAUUAUCGAUAUCCUAUUGUAUUAUAAAAGAUUAAUAACAAUGACUGAAAUUUGCUAACUUUGUGAAAAAACUUAUAAUAUUGAAAUUCAUAAACUUAUAAUAUUGAAAAUCAUAAAACAAUGUUAAGGUGUUCGAUUUCAACAUAUAUAAUUGAAUAUAUAAUAAUCAGAUACGUGUAUAUUAAAUGUAAUGUUAUAAUAAUUUGAUAUCUAUACAAACAAAAAUGAGAUAAAAAUGAUGAAAGAAAUGACCGAGUAAAUCCUUCAGAAAUUGCGCAAGUCCCCCUUCACGCACAAAGAGCUCACUCGCAAAGGACGCAGCCGCGGUAACAAUACAAACUCAGAUUUUUAAAUCCGCAAUAUAUAUGUAGAAACCGCGUUAUCGAUGUGUGUCAUUCGAGUGAUUUUGGAGUACGCAGAAACGUAUGUGUGAGAUAUUGGGAAAUUACGCGGAGAUGUGCAUAGAUACUAAACUAUAACUACGUAAAUGUUAACUUAUAUAGUCGUUGACAAAUUUUUAAGCUCUCGUAAAUUUUAUAAGUACUCGUCAAUCGGCGUGGUUCUGGAGAUUUGUCGCGUAAAAAAGCUUCGACUUUUCCCGUUUGUACGCACAGUUGUCACAGGUUGUAAAAAAAAAAACAAAAAAACAAAGAUAAACGCAAGGAGAACAUGUCUAGAACCACACAAUUAGAAUCUCUAAUAAUUAGUCAAAGAGAGACAUCACAGAUCUCGAAUUUCGCCGAUCGCGAGCGAA